GUCAGCCAGGAGCAUUUACUUCCUGAUUGUCCAACAAGAUUCUGGAUUUUAAAAGCUAUACACUGACACUGCUGUUAGAGCUGAACUCAUUGUUUUGCUCCAGCCUCAGAGAGCUGCCCCAGGCUCUUCUUUAGUGCUGGAGAGGGUCACAUGACUACAAAAUGGUGGAGGCUGCCAGUGGGUGAGCAGAGCAUCUCUGUGGAGGAACGACGAGAAGAGAAACACAGAAACCACACACACUUAUGAUCUCUGAAACCUAGAGCAAGAGCGAGAGAGAUUAAAAGGAAACUAGAAGUGUGUAUCAGCUCUGAUCCCCCUCCUCCUUGCCCCCCGGUGAUGAGGGGAUGGAGCAGAAUCCUGCACACAAGAUGAGCUCUGAGGAGGCCGAAAGCCGACCAGCUCCUCCCACUACUCUGCCAUUGAAGGGUGAUGGAGGUGGCUCUCAACGGAAAAAGCUCUCAGCCCCUCGCAUAAGCCUCUCCCUUGAUCAAAGUGAAGACGAUCUCUUCGACACGCCUGACGACCUGGACAUUAAUGUGGACGAUUUGGACACACCUGAUGAAGCCGAUGUCCUGGAUUACACUGAUCACGAGCUGGACUGGGAAGAGCCUCAGGAGUCCCAGGCAGCUCCAGUGAAGGAGGAUGCUGAACCUAUUCCUACAUACAGCCUCACAGAGGAGCGACAGGACUCUAAACUCUGGAGGACCGUCAUCAUCGGGGAACAGGAGCACCGCAUCAAUAUGAAGUGCAUUGAACCCUACCAGAAAGUCAUCUCCCAUGGAGGCUACUAUGGAAAUGGUACAAAUGCCAUUAUAGUUUUUGCUGCUUGCUUCCUUCCGGAUAGCGACAGAGAAGACUACCAUGAAAUAAUGGAAAACCUCUUUCUGUACGUGAUUAGCACGUUGGAGCUGAUGGUAGCCGAAGACUACAUGAUAGUCUACCUGAAUGGGGCCACUCCUCACAGGAGGACGCCUGGCCUUGGCUGGCUGAAGAGAUGUUACCAGAUGAUCGACAGGAGGCUCCGAAAGAACCUGAAAUCCUUUAUAAUUGUUCAUCCUUCCUGGUUUAUCAGGACUAUCCUAACCAUCACUAGACCCUUUAUCAGUUCAAAGUUCAGCAGUAAGAUUAAGUAUGUGAACAGUUUAGCAGAGCUGGAAGAACUCAUCCCUAUGGAAUAUGUCCAUAUCCCUGAAUGCAUCAUCAAAACAUGUCAAGAUGGGAGGGUGGGCCGUAGGGAAGAAGAUCGAAAAGCCGCACAGAGGAUACAAAAAAGGAAGUUGGAAGUUAAAGGGUGGGAACUCGAUGAGGAGUUACAGGAAGCAGGAGAGAACUCAAAAAUCAGCUUCUUUCUCCAGGGACCUGAUGUGCCGCUACCUCCAGCACAAUCCAGUGCAAGCAGCUCCUAAACCAAGGAAGCAGUGAAGCAAUGCAUGGCCAGUGUGUGUGUGUGUGUGUGUGUGUGUGUGUGUGUGUGUGUGUGUGUGCGUGCGCGAUAAGAGACAAUGUGAAUAUUUGAAAGCUGAGUUCUACACACUUGAUAUCCACUGCCCAAACAUACUUCAGCUCAUUAGAAAGUAGUUCUGUUCUGUUUCCAGCAUAGACCAGUCACAGCCACGCAUCACCACUCAGACGGACCUUAGAUUUCAGAAAUCACUUUUACGUCUUCUUGCAAUAUGCCUGUUUUUGGGGUUUUUCGAGAUGCAUGAGAAGCAAUAAUAUCAACUUGGACAUUUCACCUUAUACAUAUACACCAUGAUCAUGUAGCCUUUAUGGAAAAAGAACUCCACCUCAAAGUAUCUCUGCUCAUCUUUUUGCUCUGAAAUCAUCACUUCUACAUCCGAAUGAUAUUUUAGCAUUAAAUGCUUAUAUAGUCGUUUACCUCUUUGUAGAAAUUGAAGUUAUAUACUGCAAAAAAAAAAGCUCAUUACAAACACAGCGAGGUUACACAUCAGCAGCUGUUAAUCCUCACCAGCAAGAUUUUAUUUCUAACCUCAGGGGUGGACAAAUCUUACAUAUAUUAGCUUACAUGGCAAACACCAGACAAGUAUGUUCUCCUGAUCUGCCCAGGCGUAUGCUUUCAGAAAUAUUUUCCCUGAAAUCUAACUGGAUUUAAAUGUAAACUGCAAUGUAUGGUAAGCUCUCAAGGUUCAGAGCAUUGCAGCAAGUGGGCGCUAUAGUCAGCUAAACUUAUAGACUAUUUUAUAUUAUGGCAGACUGGCAGGUUACGCCUCAUGUAGAGCAGAUCAGUAAAAAUAUGCUAUGAAGUAGAGAGUUCAGAUGAAAAUGCCUAUGAAAUGCUGCAUCAGCUCUUUUCUUGAACUGAAUCCAAUUGAAAAUGGCAGAGAAGACAAAUGAUGGAUCAUUUGCAUGGGAAAAGAGAAAGAGAAAUUUAAGAGAAAAUGAAAAAGCAAUGUCUAAACUCUAGCUAAACUCUUGGCUGUAAUCUAGGCCAGAGAAUGACCAAUGACACAGAUCUUUAUUUCUAACUUAACAUUUAUUA